AUGCUUGGACUCGCGCUCGACCAGCAGGGCGGACUGCCCGCUCCAGACCUUCCCAUGACUCCAGCAGCUUCGACCGUUGCUAGCGACGAUGGUGAUGGCGCUCCACUGGCUCCACUGGCUCCACUGGCUCGCAUGAACAACCUCAGAAUCCCCAACAUUGGGCUGGACACUACGCUGGGCGACACCGCGGGGAUUGCGGGCCCGGUCGAAUUGGGCGUACCGCUCACGGGAGAUUCUCCCUCGAACAACGGUGGCGGUGGUAUUACCCUCGGUUCGGGUGCUGGAGCCACGGAUCGGGGUGGCGGCACCGACGGCACCACCAGCGAAACCGGACGAGGAACCAUGCCCAUCUCUGAGCUGGAUUGGCUCUGUCCGAACGCGACGAAAUCGUUUGGUCUGACUGGAAACUCUCCCGCAGUGCCUUCAAAGUCUGGCUGGAUUUUGACAUCUCCCAACAUGCCCAAUUUGCUCCUCGGAGGCAUUCCUGCGCUGGCGUCCGUGACCGGCUUUGACUUUACAUUCCAGUCCACCUCAUGCUACGCCUGCUACCUGCGAGGAAACGUGACGCUCUACGCGAUCGCAGACACUGCCAAUGCCACGUACGACUUUCUGAGCACCUACCCCAAGUUCAAUCUGCAGGCCUCCCCGCCUUCAUCCAGCCUCGGCGCUCUGCAAAUGUACAACCUGGUCACCUUCCCGGUCUUUGGCAGGCCGCCUGGCCCUUUGGUCAACCGCACGACGACGACGACAACCACAAAGCGCCAAGCCUUGCCGUAUACGGAUCCUGAAGAUGCACGGCUGCAGAUGAUGCGGCGCGAGGAUGAUGCCGACGACAACGACAGCGACGAGUGCGAAGGCGAUUGUACCAACGUGCGCCGAGCAGACACCGCCUCGGAUUCGACGGAAGCAAAAGUCCCGCCAUUCUACUUCCCAGCAGCUGGUCGGUUUGCUCUUGUCGUACUGAACACAACUGGCCAGGUGCUUGCCUUCUCUCCUCCGCUCGACGUUGCGCUGGUGACCAACAGUCUGAGCCUUGUGCAAGGCCCCAUUGCAAACGUUCCGCCGCUCGUGCAGCCUACCCAGCCUCUGACCAACGUCUUUUUCACCCAGGUCGCCUAUCCCGUGGUGGUGCGAGGGGACUGCCAGUCUGCCGAACUCUUGAUUCUGCGUGCGUACGACGCCGGCAACAACAUCACCCAGUCGUUUACAGCCGUGCUCAACGGCUCUGUGACCUGCAACCAGACCUACUCUUACGCAACAUUCGCUGUCUCGCUGACCACCGGCUCAUGGAGGCUUCGUGUGCACGGCUCGCCGAUGCGCAAAAACUUUCCAAUGUUGGCGCUGCCAGGCAGGUUUGAAUUCUAUCCUCGGAGCAUCUCGAUCGCCGGCUUGUUUGAGCGAGGGCUGUCGUUUGGCUCGCUCGUGGCGGACAUUGAGCUGGCCUCGUACCUGGCCGCGUUCAUGCUCAACACGAACAAGACACUGUUCGCCAACGUCAUGCCCUACACACAGUUCAAUCUGGAGCGCCAAGUGACAAAUUGCUUUGAUGCCACGGUUGCAGUCGAGGCGACCAUUACCUCCAUUCAGGAGCAAAACGUCAAGGGCAUCAUUGGCCCGUUCUGUUCGUCUGAGGCGCCUGCCGUCACCACCGUGGGCGCCGUGUACACUGUCCCAACGCUGUCAUACUCGGCUUCCGACGCGUCGCUUUCCAACAAGGCCAUCUAUCCGUAUUUUGCCCGCCUCUCGGGCGGUUUGCUGUUGCAAGCGCGCCUAAUGUCCGAGACGGUGCACUACUUUCAGUGGAAGGCAGUGUCCCUUUUCCAAUUCUCUUCACUGCGACUGGACGAUUUGUUGCGUGUGCGCCUGGCCGCCUACAAUGUCCGAAUCAUCGGCGACGUGGAGGCAAACGGCUUUUCGGACUUGACCAGCAAGCUGCUUUUGAUUCGCGCGCAAAAGUGUCGCGUCAUCCUCUUUGGCGGCAUUGCCGGUGUGGUGCCUGCUCAAAACUUUGUCAAUACCCUCAUCAGCUUGAACAUGACCGCCCCAGAGUACACGUGGAUCAUGUCCACUUCGUUCGCGACGCCCUACGGCACGGCCGUUCUCAGCCACCCCGAGAUUUUCCCUCCCCUUGCCGGGUCGUUCGUCUUUACCGUCUAUCCGACCUACAACCAGACAAUCCUCGCCGAGUACUCUCGGCUCCGGUUUGGGGCUGCGCCAUCCACCUGGGGCGCCGAAUUUGCGACGGCGUCGCGGGCGGCGGUGAGUUUUUCCUCCCUGCAGUACUCGUCCUUGCCAGACUUGGCAUACGAAGCCGUCCUGGCGUACGCGCAUGCUGUGCACCAACUUGUGCACGUCAACCGCACGGAGCCCACAGGCGCUGCCAUCAAAGACGCCCUCUUCAACAUUGAUUACGAGGGCUUGUUGGGUCACAUUUUCCUGGAUGCGAAUGGUGAUCGGCAAAACACCUUUGCCGCCUCUCAAUUCCGGUACUUUCCAAAGGACAACCUCAACUACACGGCUCCUGCACUCCUCAUCACCUGGGAUCGCCAGUUCCAUGCCAAUAUUUCCGAGCUGUACCAAACUCCGGACGAGUUUGGCAAUGUCGGUCUCCACUGGCCCAACGGCGUGGUCGGCAUGGAGCCAGAAGACACUCCUCCAGCCUAUGUCUGCACACUGCCGUGCAUCAAUGGCACGUGCAUCGGGCCCGAUUCGUGCGUUUGCACACCAGGGUGGCGCACCGAAACGUCCGUCAUGUCGUUCAAGCUGUCUGCUGCGGAGUGCGGAGCGCCCAUCUGCGGCGGCGCCUACGGCUCUGUCUGCGUCCAAGGCACUUGCAUUGCCCCCGGUCAGUGCCGCUGCUUCGAUGGCUGGCGAGGCGAAGACUGCGCCGAGCGCAUUAUUGUCUUGUACCAGCGCUCGGCUUACAAGGCGCCCAUUAUUCUUGCCUUCACGCUGCUCUUUUCGGUCUUUGCGCUGCUUCUCGUGUUUGUCCUGUUCCUGUCGCCCGCGCGCCGAAUGCUCGUGCUCCGCUCUGCCUCGCCUCGGUUUUUGAUCUUGAUUCUGAUUGGAUGCAUCCUCGCGUUCGGGUCUGUCAUUGUCGAGUAUCCGUACCCAGUCACCACGCCCCGCUGCGUCAUCCGAAACUGGCUCUACCACCUCGGGUUUGUCCUGUCGGUCGGCGCCCUGUUGUUCAAGACUUGGCGCGUGGCGCACAUCUACAACGCUCGCACGACCUCGCAGUUCCGCAAGAUUGACGACCCAAAGCUCCUUGUGAUGCUGGCCGGGCUGCUCUUUGUCUUUGUGUUUUAUCUCGUCAUCUGGACGGCCGUUGAUCCAGCAGUGGCCGAACUGAUCGAGUCGAAUGGCGUUGGUUACUACCGGUGUCCGACGAGCGCUUGGGAGUCGGUCAUCUCGGGCGGAGAGUUGUGCCUGCUGCUCUGGGGAGUGUGGGUCGCGUUCAAAGUCCGGAAAGCGCCGACCACGUUCCACGAGGCCAAGUUCAUUGGCAUGUCCAUCUACAACUGGCUUUUCACUGGCGUCUUGGUCAAGGCCAUCAUCCUCUCCGUGGCCUUGAACGACGCUGACACCAUCUACAUCUUGAACGGCGUCUUUGUCUUUGCCACAUUCGGCGUCAUGAUGGUGCUGGUGUUUGCGCCAAAACUCUACCUCGUGGUGGAAGGCAAGGGUGAUGCCAUCUACGGGACUUCGGUGGUCGUUCGUCAUCAUGUCGCGCCCAUGGAGCAGAUCAAUCCUCGUAUGCAGCCCUUCUUCAUCAGCCCCGGCGAGUUGCUCUCGGACGACUUUGUUGGUGGCAACAAUCCCGUCGUCAAUGGACCUCGUCCGACGCCCGGCAGCAACAGCUCGGCCGCGGCCAACCAAGCCGCGCUGGUGCGAUUGCAGGAUUUAUUCUCGCGUCCCGGCACUUCUCGUCAUCACAGCGACGACGACGAUGUUCUCGUUGAGCAGAAUCCUGGAGCAGUGUGUAUGGCGGUUCCGGUCGCACGGCCUGGCUCUUCUGCGGAUGCCGCAGCUCUGGUAGAGUUGACAUGCCCCGGCGGCGGCACGCAAGCUCCAGGCGGCGACCCUUCAGCGACCAACAAUCCGGUCGGGAGCCCCAACAAGCUCAGGCGCAAGCUCAAUUUCUCCGACGGCAGCGCGUUCUCAUCGCCGACCACUGCCACCACUGCCACCACUGCUGCUAUUUCAUCUCCGCGCUCACAUCGGCAAAGUCAACCAAUGGAUGGCGGUGGCCAUUUGCAUCAUCGCACGCACGGACGCUCGGGCACCACUUCCCCAACCGUCCCAGGCUCGCCGCGACACGGAGCUGCAGACAGAGUUCUGGACCAUGCCGAAAAUCACCGCGCCAGUCCAACAGAUGCUGCACGGGUUGCUGGCGCGGCCGCAACCCCCUUCAAUUGGGACCUGUUGUCAGACCACGACCGUGCACUUGCGACUGGCAUUUUGCACCAUUUGCGAGGGAUGGGAGGCCGGCCGCAAGACGACGGCAACAUGCCUGGGCUGUCGGACUACGACGAGAACGUCUUGCUGCGAGCCAAGUGCCGCGCUCUUCGCCUCGAAAUCCACGACCUGCGCAAGCAUCUGGCGAUUGCCAGCGGAGUUGAGUACGUCCCCAGCAUGGCUGCCUCGCCCGUUUUCAGCUCCCCCAAUUCUCGUUUGCAAUCGCCCAGCGAACGCUUGUCCCCCAACUGCUCUCGAACGCAUCAAAGUCGUCCAAUCGUCCUGCGCUCCAAGUUUGGCAUGGAAUUCAACAGCCCUGGCGAACACGCGGAUGACGCCGUGCUGCCACUCGAGGACAGCGAUUCGGAAGAGUAUGUUACUGCUGUCUAG